AUGGCGGAAUAUCCACGGCAAGCUGGAACGGUCGAUGGGCAGGUGCCCCCAUCGGAUGAGCCUGCGACCGCUCUUCCACCUCGAGCAGCUCAAAUGUCGAUACGGCAAUUCGUCACUCUCCAAGCCGAAGCCAUUCUCGCCCACGACUUCACCCUUGAUCUUGCGUCCGUCACCCGCACCGGACAAGUCGACCCAGGCUCGGAUUUCUUCAGCAUCAUGGAUUUAGCACAGGAUGGCUAUAAGCGACGAGCAGCGACGGCUAGCGGCGCCGCCGGCUAG